AUGCUGCUACGGCAGCCCAGGCCCGACGAAGCAGCCUACGUUGGCAUGUUGGAUGCAUGCAAGGAGGCCGGCUGCUGGGCCUUGGCCCUGAGCAUCCUCGAGGAGCUCCGACGAGAUGGCGCGCAGUCACAAACGUCCGACCAGACGGCCUAUGCUUUGUCCCUUGGCUCCUGUGAGGCUGCAAUGCAGUGGGAGUUGGCGCUGUCGGUUCUCGCCACGAUGCAACAGGAAGGGCCGUCUCCCAAUCUGGUGACAUUGAAUGCAGCCGUGAUGGCGCUGGCCGCGGCUGGGCGCACCGCAGAAGCACUCUGCGUAGUGCGCCACGCUGAGGAUCUGGGCCUCGUCUCUGGCGCCUGGGAGGCGGAUGCCAAUCCAAGGCUUCCGGAGGCCGACGUAGACCUGCACCGCUUUCCGGCGGAGCUAGCAAGAUUCGCCGUUCUUGCAGCGGUCCUUGACGCGGCCAUUGAUCCAUCCCGGAAACGCGGUCUUGUCUUCGUCACCGGUCGUGGCACCCACGGUGGCACGGCGGUCUUGAAGGCCGUGGUAGGGGAGUGCCUCAAAGACUUCGGGCUGGCCGUGGAGGAGGGUGAUGCUGAGGGAACCGAUGGGCGUUUGUGGCUCCCGCCACACGUCCUGCAGUGCAUCGCUUCUGAGGUC